GUAUCUGAAAAUCACAAAAUAAAACACAUCUUUAGGCACCCCGUCGAGACAACGUGUUGGUUUCAGACCUAUUUUAUUGACGAAGCCGGCUUUUAUGAACUUGUUUUUAGCUCAAAAUUAGAAACAGCAAAAAAGUUCCGUGAUUGGGUAUUUACCACUGUACUCCCAUCAAUCCGUAAAUAUGGCCAAUACAAACUGUUUGAUAGUCCCUGGAAUAACAUGAUUAUGACUGGCAAUGAGACUGACCUCCAUCAUAAAGUAGUAGAUCUAAUAAGAAGAUAUUAUCCCGAUACUAUAUUAUUAGCAGGACUGGGGGAGAAUCAGGAUACUGAGGAUAAGAGACUGGAUUCAUAUAAAAAGGGAUAUAUGAGAGGACAGCCUGAUCUAUUGGUACUUGAUUAUCACAAAGAUUAUAAAGGCCUGGGCAUAGAAUUCAAGAGUCCUACAGGUAACUACUAUGUAUCAGAAGCCCAAAAGGAGAUGAAGAAGAAGUACGUU